CUGACAACUACAAUCGGACUGCUGCUAUGUGCGACUGUGCAAUCAGAUUGAUGUAGAUGAAAUCAAAUUGAGCACACUAACUGAGCGGCCAGAGAUGGCUGCUGCUGCACGGCUCCGCGUGCUGCCACAGACCCCCAUAUGCCCGCGCAGAGCACGGCAUCCCCAACUGAACCGAGUAUGCUCAAAGUGGACGCCCGCGGGGCUUUUGCCGAGGUUUCGACGUGAUCGCGUCGCGGCCUUUGGAAAGGCGGUGUCUUGGUUGGGCUAUAGAGUCGCGUAACCUCAAUCGCUCUUUCCCCUCCUCUUCCUCUUCCUCUUCCUCCUUCCAUGGCCAUCGAACUAGUCCCGCUGCCUGCACCGGCCUCGGCCGACGCGUCUAAGCUCGCUGCGCUUGGGCGUGAAGUUGUCGGCCUAGAUGCGGGGAAUCUGACGCCUGAGCAGUUUGAAGAGGUCCGCGAAGCGCUAUACAAGUACGACGCGCUGCUCUUCCGCAACACAUCGUUGAGUCCCGAGCAACAGUACGCACUGACCAAGGCAUUCGAUCCCGCCUCCGGCACAUACGGGCACGGCAACAACAAGACCGCCAGCGCCAAGAAGUCAAUCCUCCACCCAGAUCUCAAGACGAUCCCGCGCGUGCCGCAGGUGCAGCUGAUCGGGAACGGGACGGUGUAUGACCACGAGGGCCUGGCGGAGGCGAAGCUCAAGCACCCCUCGCACAAGACGUUCCACAAGACGGUCGUGAGUCCCGAGGACGACGCCGCGGGCGUGACGCGCUUCUACCGCUGGCACAUCGACGCGGCGCUCUACGACCUGUCCCCGCCGCGCGUCACGACGCUCUAUGCGCUGCAGGUGCCCGCAGGCCCCGCGCAGGUCGUGCGCUACGACGACGGCACGGGCGACGAGCUGCCGGUCCCCCUCGGCACGACCGCGUUCGUCUCGGGCAAGACGAUGUUCGGCAUCCUGCCGCCGGCGCUGAAGAGCGUCGCGGUCCGCACCCGGGUGCGCUACCACCCGCACCCGUACGUGUGGAUGUCGCCCGCCCAUGCCAAGUCGACCGGGCUAGGGAUCGAGUGCGAGGGCCUCGAGAUGUCGGAGGCGGAUUUGCCGCCGUGGGAGGAGAGCAAAGUGAAGGUCCUGCCAAUGCUAUGGAGGAACCCGGUCACGGGCGAACUGUCGUUCCAAGUCCAUCCGUGCGGUGCAGCGGAGCUCCUGAUCAGCCCUCUUCCCGCCGGCGCUGCGCGCGAGGGCGCUCUGUACCCCGAUGGCGCACACCUGACGGACUUGCAAGAGGUGCGGGACCUGCUGUACCAGAUGCAGCGCCCGGCAAUCGCGCCGUCCCUCGUCUACCCGCACGACUGGAAGGCGAACGAUCUCGUCUUGUUCCAUAACAGAGGCGUCUUGCACUCGGUGGUCGGCGCGUUCGGGCCGGACACGGUUCGUGCGUUCCACCAGUGCAAUCUCGCCGCGUCGGACGAUCCGGUUGGCCCGACCGAGGACGACGUGCUCGAGUGGGCGUGAGAGCUAUGUAGAGUGUUGCUGUAUACGUAAUGUGUGUGUGUGACUAAGUAUUUGCUGCAAUAUGGACUUGUAAAUUCCGGGCAGUUGUGUCUUGGCUGAACGCGUGUCAUGAAGCAUACCCGAUUCCGUUCCUUCAUUUCCCACGACAUGUGUGUGUGUGGGGUCGUGCUGAAAUGAAAUUUGCCC